CUACCACAAAGUCCUGAGUCCAUAAGGCACAUAAUUGUUCCAUACAUCGUAGUAAUAAUAAAAUAAAUAAUAAAUAUGAAUCUGUAAUUGUUAUCGUAUUUGUAGUUAGUACGCUGCGCUGUUGUGUUUUGUGUACUUGUGUACACUCAGUACUCAGUAGUCACUAUUUUUUUUAGUCAGUACAGUAUCAGUAGUACUAGUGACUCAGUGAUUGCAUGACGUUGUAACGUCUUAACCGAUCAGUUGAUCAGUAUAUUUUAAUAACAGCAAAAAAUGUACCAGUACUUGAAUUUUAAUAGUUGUUCAUUAUAAUUUCGUGUGAGUAACACUGCUGUGUAGAGCAACGGAACAGAAAAUAAGGAAAUACCUACAUCUUUAGAAAUGUUUGCUUACUCAGUCGCUGUGGAGACAGAAUGGUUCCUCAACUUUUGUUUUGGAAAUUCGAUCAAUGUUAAUUUGUCAAUACUGUGAGAAUGAAAWUUUUUUAUUAAUCUUGAAAUUUGAGGUGUACUUAUUUGAUUUCACACACUCAUCAUAGAAUUCGGCGUUCAAUCUUAUCCGUUAAUUUCUUUCAAUUGGUAGGUACACUGCCAAAGUAUAAGUCCAGUGAUUAAUAUGCGUUUUUAUUUUAUUAAAAAUAUUUUUUCUACAAAUUUUAUUUUGUCAAGUUUAAUAAAUUAUGAAACCUUAAUACUGUAGGCAUAUUUCAUUAUAAUAUAUAGUAUCUGCCCAUCAAAAUAUCAAUAUGGAAAUUACAGAUACUGAAGCUUUAAGAGACUUAUUAUUUUUACUCAAUAGUACACACACAAACGCCAAACAAUUUUAUAAUAUGAUGGUUUCAAAUAAGACUGCAGUUAAUACAAGUGAUUCUGACAAGGACUUAAUGAAUAAUAUGUAUAAUGCAUUAUUUCAGUGUUUUGGAAUCAUUAUCACAGGGUAYUUGUCAGGACGUUUGGGCCUGGUCAGCCAUGCUGCUAGUAUUGGCUUAAAUAGAUUUGUAGGGACAUUUGCUUUACCAUCACUUAUAUUUGUUAAUAUGGCCGUAUUAGAAUUAUCAUCUGUAAAUUUGGUUUUUCUGGGAUCACUACUCCUGUCUAAGACUCUAGUAUUUGUAUCGGUUGCUUUAAUUACUGUAUUAGUAACAAGACCUCCAGACAUUGCUAGAGCUGCUCUAUUUGCUAUAUUCUGUACGCAAAGUAAUGAUUUUGCUAUUGGAGCACCAAUAUUUGAAGCACUCUACAGGCAUCAGCAUAGUGAAUUUGUUCAAUAUCUUUAUCUUGUGGCUCCUAUCAAUUUAAUCAUCCUAAAUCCAUUUGGUUUUGCAAUGAUGGAAUUAGGCCAAGAAUAUAAUCGUCACGAAACUACAAGACGUUCUGCUUUAAUGGGACGAAUAUCAAGGAACAUAAUUUGUAAUCCUGUAGUGUUUAUGACAGCUUUAGGAAUGAUAGCUAAUUUAGUAUUUAACCAUGAUCCACCUAAAAUCAUUACAACAUUCUUAGGAACUUUUGGUAAUGCGUUUACUGCUACUGCAUUGUUUUUACUUGGUUUACGAAUGGUUGGAAACAUCAAUAAACUCAGAGGAGAAGCUUUAAUUUUACCAUUACUCCUAAUUGCUGCUAAAUUGUUAGUUUUGCCAUUAGUUAUUAGAGAACUUACAAGUAUAUUCUUGGGAAAAUUUGGAACUGUAAAUGCUGAUGAUAGUCUUGCCUUUUCAAUGUUUGGAUUUUUAUAUGGAAUGAUUCCUUCUGCACCUGCAGUUUUUGUUUAUGCAUCAGCAUAUAAUCUUGAAAUGGAUUUAAUUGCUAGUUCAAUGGUGUUGUGUGUAUUCUUCUCAGCUCCAAUUAUGUUUUUAACUGCCAAGAUAAUAUCUGUGGCUAAAUUGGAUCCAUCAAAUAAUAUAACAGCUUUAAAAGGGUAUCAAUUCAACGUUAGUAUACUUGCCAUCCCUGCCUCUCUUUGGAUUAUCUUAGUUAUGUUAAAAAAUCUAAAAAGUUUACCAUUCAAAGUAGUUUUCUGUUUAGUAAUUUCACAGGUGAUUUCAUGUACUGGAGUAUUACUAGAGUACUUAUCAGAAACCCCACAAUCACAUCCAUUAACAUACAUACAACUUAUGUUGAGUAUUGCUGGUGAUAUGAGUUGCUACAUUUGGACUGCAUGUUUAGCUUUUACUUUGUUAAUCAUGCACAAACCAUUUACUGAUGAAUUCCAAAAUAAAAUUAUUUACUUUUACAUGAUAAUAUCUUGGGGUGUACCAAUAUUGUUGGUUUCUGUCUUGAUGUUGACUUGCCAGCCACCAUUGUUUAUUAAAUCAGAUUUUGAUCAAAAUUAUGUAUAUGGAACUCCUGAAGCUGCAACACUCACAACAAUUCUCCUUUCAUCAAUAAUUUGUACUGUUGUGUGUUUAGUUUUGCAUCAACGCCUAAGACAUAAAAUAAUUAGACCAAUAGUUUACUCGGAAACUAUAAAUGAUGUUCAAAGUUCAUCCAAACAAUCUAUGGACACUCAUAGUAUUGAUACUGAYGAUUUAAAAGAAGGUCUUCUUUAUGAUGCUGAAACAAAUAUAAUGGAUAAUAAUGAAUAUAUUAAGCAUUUUCUAUUACUUGUUAUGCAAGCAGUUGCAAUGUUUGUUACAUUUUCUGUGGCCAUUUGGAGAAUAUUUGGUGAAACAAAUGGAUUAUACCUUGAAUUGGCUUACUCUGAAACUUCUUUAAUGAGAGGACAAUCGAUUUUCACAUUGUUGAUUUAUGGAAUUAAUUAUCAAUCUAUUAAUAUGCCGAUUGUGCGAACAUGGAAUAAAUUUUGGUGGGGAGGAUCACCAAUUGAGUGUCCCUCGUGGGAAGAACUUCCAUAUGAUACGAGAAAAACGUGUGAUAACUUUGUGUUUAAACACAGGGAAAAGUGUUUGGCAGAAAUUACUCAUCUUACUAGAUGGAAACUAUGGAAGUAUAAGAAGACGUUUACUGGUUCUGAGCUUGUAACAUGGUUAGUGGARAACAAUAUUUGUUCAAGCCGAGAUGAUGCAUUAGGAUAUUCUAUUAAGUUGUGGAAUGGACAAGUACUGAGACACUUAAAUUGUACAGAACAUUUUCAAGAUGCAUCAAAUAUACUAUACACAUUUAAUCGCCGUUAAUCUUUACAACUAUUGUAUUAUUUUUGGCGGUUUAUAAGUAAUCUCCAUUUAUUAUUAUUGUGAUAAUUGACUGUUAAGAGUGAGAAUAUUUUAAUAAUAAUUUUAACUUUUAUAUGCUUGUAUUUGCCAAUAUGCUUUAAAGUUAUUGAAUGGUUGUAUUAUAUAUAUACUUAGUUAGUUAAAAAAAAAUUUAUCAGUCCUAGAAAAUGAAAUAGCUUGAUAAUGUGAUUAUGUUUUUAUAAUUAUUUUAACUGUUAUUCUUUAUUAUU